AUGAUCAGCCUCGGCGACCUUGAGCCACUGUCGGGCGACCUUGAUUCAACCUUUUUCCUACUAGCAGACUUUGAACUCUCACGGUGGAUAACAUCUAUAGUGUUGCAUAUUCAAAUGAGUCGUGUUUUAAGAUCUAGCAUCAGAGAAAAUAAGUCACAAAAUGUUACAUCUAAUUUACAGCUCGACAAAAGAGUUUUUUCUGCAUCGCAUUCCGUAUCGUCAAGAUGUCCAAGUACUUCAACUCGACGUCUCACUCAGGCAAAAGGAUCUCAUUCUUCCAAUAAUCUCAAAGAGAUCCCUGCAUUUGUUAGUUCUGAAUCGUCUGAUGCGCAAGAUAAAGUCCAUGCAUCAGACGAACCUAAUGCAUCUCUUGAUACUUGCCAAGAAAUGUCUACAUCUGCUGGUUAUGGAUUUUCAGCUGCACAAAGUUCAGUCGAUAUCCUGAAUAAAUCUGACUCCCCUCCAUCAGAGAAAAACGAUGGAUUGAUUGUAGGUAGAAAAGACAAAAUUGAAUAUAUAACUUCUUUAAUUCAAUCUUACAUUGAUACGAGGAAAAGUGCAAGCAUUUACAUCAGUGGGGCUCCUGGAACAGGAAAAACAGCUGUUGUACUAAAUGUUGUUCACGAUUUCAACAAAGUCGGGAGAUGUGAUACUGUCAUAAUCAAUUGUAUGAGACUUACUUCGUGUGCGGAUAUUUUUGCACAAAUCGCCAUCGAUUUAAGAGCUUACAGAAAUAAGGAAAAUCAUCCUAUCACUGAUGCUGUUUCAUUGGAGUCCUGUUUGAAUGAUUACUCAGAAAGGCGAACCAUUAUUCUAGUUCUAGAUGAAGUAGAUCAACUGUCUUCACGGGGACAAGAGUUGCUGUACAGGAUUUUUGAAUGGCCAUCCAAACUGACAUGUCAUAUCAUUGUAGUUGGAGUUUCCAACGCUUUAGAUUUACCGGAACGUUUAUUGCCACGCUUAAAGUCAAAUGUUCAUAAACCGGUUCAUAUUGUAUUUCAACCUUAUUCGCAAUCAGAACUGGUGGACAUCGUUCAAGCUCACUUAUCUAAAUCUGUGAAUGGUGGAUCAUUUAUAGAACCUCUAGCAGUGCAACUGUGUUCUAGAAAGAUUGCUGCUUCUACAGGUGAUGCACGUACUGCUUUAGAUGUAUGUCGCAGAGCGAUCGAUUUAGCUCAGCAAGAAGCUCGGUCAAAAAACAUAUCUGAUAAAUUUACCCCUUUGCAUACAAUGGAUAUCACUCCCAGAUUACCUUCCAUAAAACACAUCAGUAGAGCAUUGAAAGAAUCUCAGGUUGACUCUUCUUAUGAAGGGAUAUUAUCCCAGGGCAAAAAGACUACUACUAAUGGUUGUGAACUACCAUUGCAUCAUAAACUUCUAUUGGCUAGUUGCCUUCUAUUAAGACAACAGAAAGGUUUACGUGAAUUACCAUUCAGUAUUUUAUAUGAAACAUACUUAAUAGUUUGUAAAACCAAACAAAUUACAAAUUUGAGUGAAUCUGAACUGUCUGCUGUUUGUGAUUUGCUUGAUUCACGUGGAUUUAUUCAAUUCACUGGUCCACGUUAUUCAGUUAAAUCUACAUUAGGUACACCUGCACGCUUAAGGCGUAUUAGAUUACGUUUAGAUGAUCGUGGUGUUCAUCAUGCUCUUAUGGAUGAUCUCCUGUUGUCAUCAAUAAUGGAUAUGAAACUGGGAAAAUGA